ACUCUCAGUCCCGCUGUGAACGCAGGAACGAACACUACGGAUGUUUCACCCUCCCUGUACAAACGGUGCGUUGGAGACGUUGACGUGAGUCGUGACACCGGCCGUCAUCGUUGUCGGCGUCGUCGUGGUCAUCCACCGGACGCCUCUAACCGACCCGGCGAUCGUUUCCGAGAACUGGUGCUACGCGCGACUACGUUCGAGUAUACGAAAACGGGUUCUCCGACGGGAAACGGUAAUCGAAAUUCCCGCAGCCAGUGAGGAAGUCCACAAAGAGGAUAGAAACUUUGCCGAGUGAACACGCGUGAUUUUCGAGCGAACCUUCGUCGGGGAUCGAGGAACCUAAGUGAGCGGAUCGCAGGUGUCCGUUCAAGGAUACUUGUCCUGGGGCUAACGCAGGAAUUUAGAACGCGUACGGACGGUGAACGUUUUAGCAGUGAACUCGAGCAGUGUCUUUGCUUAGAGACAGUGUCAGUCAGUGAUUGCGAAGUGCGCGGCGUUUACCGUGCUGCAAACAGUCAUCCCCUAACCUUGGGGCUGUCGCGCGAGAGAGACAUGUCCGCGCGUCUGCGUGCCUGGUGAUAAUAACACUCUGGUAGAGUAUAUACCAUAGUCGAUCACGAUGAUGAACGCUUUCCUGGACGGUGUGUCCUCGCACCCACACCACCUGGCCAACCUGGGUAUUAAACUGUCGCCCGGUGGCGGUGGUGCUGCGGGAGGAUCCACGGAUGCCGGGGCUGGCGUUCAACCGGCGCCCGGCGAGGCACCGUCACAACAGCAUCACCAUUUUCACCCCCAAGGAUACCCGCCUCAUCAUCCCCAUCCAGCGUCGCACAUGGCGCCGCACAUGGGCCACCACAUGAGCCAUCAUCCCGGGUACGCGGCUAGAGAUUUCCUCCUACGACGGGAGCACGAGUUCAACGCGACAGCGAACCCUACCACCCCCGAGAGCGGAUUGGGACUCUUCACCCCGUUGCACCACGAUGGAACAGCGGCCACCAUGCAACAGUUCCCUCAUCAUCCGAGCCAGCACCCGCUUGCCGCGAGUCACUAUCCCGGACACUACCCCCAGGACUCUAGAUUACCACCCCAUCACCAAUAUCUUGGAGCACCGCACCUAACGCCAGCUUCCAUCCACCACCAGCAGCAUCCAGCAGUUAGCCAUCCGAGCCACCACCCCCACGGCGCGUUCCUCAGGUACAUGAGAAGCAACGGAGCCGCCAGUGGAGGUGGCAACGGUGGCGGCGUCGCCGGCGGACAACGCCAGGAGAUGUCCUGUAUGUGGGUUGAUCAGGAUGCCCCAGGUCCCGGAAGGAAGCUGUGCGGCAAACUCUUUAACUCCCUCCAUGAUAUUGUGACGCACCUUACCGUAGAACACGUGGGCGGACCCGAGUGCACCACGCACGCGUGCUUCUGGCAAGGGUGCUCGCGGAACGGCAGGGCGUUCAAGGCCAAAUACAAGCUCGUCAAUCACAUCAGGGUGCACACCGGCGAGAAACCGUUCCCGUGCCCGUUCCCUGGAUGCGGCAAGGUGUUCGCUAGGUCCGAGAACCUUAAGAUUCACAAGAGGACGCAUACCGGAGAGAAGCCGUUCAAGUGCGAGUACUCCGGCUGCGAGAGGCGGUUCGCGAACAGCAGCGACCGCAAGAAGCACAGUCACGUCCACACGUCGGACAAGCCGUACAAUUGUCGGGUUUCCGGCUGUGACAAGUCCUACACCCAUCCCAGCUCGUUGCGCAAGCAUAUGAAGGUGCACGGCAUGACCCUGGGCGAGGGCAAGAUAGGAGGGGGCUACGAGAGCGAGGGUGAAGAGAGCAGCAGCAGCGGGGGUAGCUUGUCGGUGACCGGGCACACGGAGUCCCCGCAGCCGCCUCCAGUCGUGCCGACGACGACCACGGCCAAUCCACCGUCGAGCCAUCCGUCGACUCGCGGUCCCGAGCUGACGGAGUGGUACGUCUGCCAGCCGCCGACCGUCGGUCCCCAGCACAGUCCUCUGCCGGGGCCUCCGCCGCCCCAUCACCUAGGACCCCAUCACUUCAAUCCGCUGAUGCAUCACCAAGCGACCGCCUACUAGUCCCCGAACUAGUCGACCCUAGGGGAGAGAGAUGAUUCCGCGUACGAUGAUAGUUCGCGUCGGGUAAGGAACUGUGAUCUAGGAGCAAGAGGAGCUAAUGUUCGGGACAAUCACCCGGCUUCGAUGACUCGGCUGCGACGACCGGCGGCAACGUGUUCUCCGUACUUCUGUGGGACGGUGAUUUCCACUGGAACACACCCUGAGAAGAUUGAUCUGAAGAGUUCUUUAAUCGCUGGAGGAUUGGAUAUUAAAGAUCGAAGAUCAACAGGCUGCCAAGAGAAGAACAAGAAGAGGAUUGCGCUUCAGUGUAGGACUUCGAGAACUUAGGCACGGUGACAUCCGAUCAGGAACGAACGGGGAAUUAGAGGUUAGGGUACUCGAGCGACCAAAGGUAGACCGGAAUCGAGACUUAAUUAGACUGCGGUUAGUAUAUUUAUUGUUUCACGUUGGAAUUCAGUUGAUUGGUCGACGCUCGGCUUCCGGGGGCGCGAAGCGGGGACGCGGCGGUGGUAUCGAAGCACGGGACACGGGAGAAACCAAAUAAGAAAGUUACCUCGGAUCGAGGCGGCGCGCCGGGGCGGCGGGACUGUAAAUACGAUUAACGUAGAUCAUCAUCGUGCCGCGAUUUUCGGAAAAAAUCGCAACGGGCCGCGACCUCGCGUUUCUUUCUCGAUCCUCUCGCUGCCGGUCGCGUUUGAACCGAUCGCGCACCGACCGCUCGUUAAUCGUUCCUCCGGGGCCGGCCACGACCGAUCUAGGCUCGCGUCUCGCUUGCUGCAGCGGAUCCGAUUCGAAGCGUGAAACGACCGGCCGGCGAGCGGCCGAGGAAACGCGAUCGGCUUCCGCGCGCGGGGAUGAUCGAGGUUGGGUUACACGCACGACGAGGCGUCAUUGUAAAUAUAAUUAAUAGGCGAUGUUAUCGAAGCGGUGAAUUAAAGGGUUGCCGGGGAACGUCCGGGGGAAAAGGAGACGUUCCGCGUUUGUAAGAUAUGAAUUACGGAUUUCUUUCUGAUGUGUGAUAUCCUGUAAAUAAGAGAGAAAAAAGAAAAGAAAGAAGGGAGAGAGAAAGAGAGAGAAAGAGAGAGAGAGAGAGAAUGUAUGUGUGUGCGUCUGCGUGUGGAUGAAAGAGAGAAAGAGAAAGAGAGUGAUAGGGUGGGACAGACCACGGCGAUUCUAACAUUAUUGUAAUAAUUAUUAUUUCCGUUGUGUAUAAUGCUUGGGGUUGCCGGAGGAGCGUAGACGGCUCCCGAUCCACGAGACCAUGCCUGUAUCAUAUUAUAAUAUUUGUUUUGCAAAAAAGAUCCCGAAAUAUAUU